AUGCCAAAAGUGCACGUUCAACAACAUUUGAUUGCUUACUCAGAGUCCACUACAGAUGCUGUCCCCAAGAAGCGUGGCCCGAAAACGGAUGUGCUUGAGGCGUUGUUGAAACGGGUUGAUGGACUAGAGGCGAGGCUAAAGGAGAAGAAUUCUGAGGAGGAUACAUUCAAAGUUGGAGAAACUGCAACCGUGGAAGCCGAUGAAGAGGAUGACACUGACAUUGCGGAACCGGCCCCAAAGAGACUCGCAACUGAAGCAAGCAAAGCGUCUGAUGAAGAUAGUCUAAAGAUAGCCACGGACCAAGAAAAACUGACCGCCGGGGACAACCCUGCCUCUCCGGUAGAAACGGACGCCUACCUUCACACAUACUUCACACGAUUCCACAGAAAGCCAUACUACAUCCUGGAUGAACCAUCUAUCCGUCAUCGUAUACAGCUCAACCAGUUGCCGGAUAGCGUAGCCUACGCCAUCUGGUCGGUAGCCUCAAGACACACUCCGCAUUCGGGAGGACCCCGAGCUGCUGUUCAACUGAGUGAAGGCUAUGCGCAACGGGCAAGGCGAUGUAUUGACACGGAUGACCCAUCAGUAGACUGUUUGCAGGCCUUGUUGCUGUUGGUUCUGGCAUUCAUGGCAUCUGGCCAUAGCAAGAAGGCCUACAUGUUAAUGGCAUCGGCAAUUGCCAUGGCCAUGGCGCUGGAACUUCACCGUGAAAUCGACGCGCACGCGCACGCCGCACCCGUCGAACGGGAGUUACGCCGACGACUUUUCUGGACAUGUUACUUGUUGGAUCGCUUUACUUCAUGCGGAUCGAAACGACCAUGUCUCAUAAGCGACGACUCCGUUGCUCUGCGGUUACCAUCAUGGUGUCCUAGUCCUUCAUCCUUGGCAGUCGACGGCGAGUUUUUCCAGCAGGGCUCCAAUCUUCAGUACUACCAAGGCAGUGGGAAGAAGGCGCAAGGAAGCACCGGAAUGCUUAUAGAUAUCACACGUAUCCUUGGCAUCACCAACAGAUACUUAGCUGCUGGAGGUGUAAAGGGUGACUCCCACUUCCCCUGGCAUGCACUAUCCACUCUCUCGAAAAUUCGACAGGAGCUCGACUUUUGGGCAUCCGGCGCUGGCCCCGCACUCUCGAGUCUUCACACACUUUUUCACCAAACGGAAGGGACCAUUUUGUUUCUGAGCAAGCUGAUAUAUCACUUGGUACAUUGCCUUGUGUAUCGACCGUUCCUCCCGGUCGACUUAACAGAGCUGGCUGGCAAUGGGCAACAUCAGUCAUGGCAGAUUGAGGCGACCAACAUGUGCUUUUUGCAUGCGAAUGCUAUCGGUGACCUGAUUGACGCAGCGAGGAAUGCAGGAACUGUGGAAUGGCCAGCGGUUGUUGGCUAUUGUAUCUGUACCGCGGCAACCGUCCAUAUCCACGGAGCUCACUACUCCAAUCCCAAUACCUACGAGGGAGACAUGAAGAUCUUUAGCGAAUCAUCAGAUUUCUUUUCCAGAGAAAUGAAACACCUCAGCGAGCUUCACAUGGCCUGGGCCAAUGUCCAACACCAAAGUGAUACAUUGCAAGGAAUUUACGGUGCUCACGGGGAGCUAGUCAAGGCUACGGUAAACUCGUCUACAAGGCACAGCCCGGGAUUCCAUCUUGAGGAUUUUUUUGACAGGUAUUGCAACAUUGGAGGGCCUGGAGGAAAAUCGUAUCGAUUCGACCCAGCAAACCUGAGCAUGCCGGAUAUUGUUGGAAAUUUUACCACUGAUCGAUACAGCAUGUCGUCAGUAGCAUGCAAAACCGACCGAUGUAGUCAUGGGCAAAAAAAUACGGCUCCGCUAUCGAACAAUAAACGGAAUCAUGAGGGGAGGAACGUCGGUUAUGACCAGGCUGCAUCCACGGACCAGCCGACAGGGGCAGACAACGUGCAGUACUCGAUAAAUAUGGCGCAGCGCCCGCCUCAUGUUGCAACUGGACCUGGGCACCAAUACGUGUCUAGGCCAUCCAGCUGUCCUCAUUUUGAGUUGGCGCCAACCAUCCACGGGUAUGCCGUGGCGCCAGAUCGCCCAACGAGCAAUCCUGGUCAGGAUAUUGUGCCAGUGGGAGGGACAGGAUUCGGUCCAGCGUAUGAUUAUGCCAUGAGUUCGAAUGUGAUGAACACCAACAUGCGCGACGUCAACACGAGCUUUGAGCCGAUGUUUUCGGGGCCGCUGAAAAACGCAUUUAGCAGCCCUGAUGGCUGGCAUGGUCAAGAUAGCCAGCCGCGCACCAAGAUGAAUUUUCCACCAAGCGGUGUGACUUCAAGUCCUGGGACGAAAAGUACGAGCGAAAGUACAGGCACCGGACACAGCGAGGAAAAAGAUCCAUUUCUUACCCUAUUGGAGCAACUUGCGGAAGAUGAGCAACGCUUCAACGACGGGGGCGCUGACUUGAAUUUUUUCCUGACUGGCAACCAUAUUGGUGCCUAG